GUCUACGUCGACGACAUGCUUCUUGCCGCUGACAACGAAGCAGACCUACAACAGGUCAAGGAUGAGCUGCAGAAGCGCCUCCUCUGCAAGGACCUGGGGGAGGUCCGCAACUACCUCGGGAUGGAGAUUUCUCGCGAUCGUACGGCCAGGACCAUCUCCCUCUCUCAGGCAUUCUACCUCGAGAAGCUCACUGGCUACAGCGACUCCUCUUGGGCAGAUUCUCAGCCCGAUCGUCGCAGCUCACAGGGGUAUGGUUUCUCCCUCGGGAGUGGCCUCAUUUCCUGGCGCUCCACCCGCUCCUCCUCGAUCGCUCUCUCCUCGUGCGAAGCAGAGCUCUACGCCAUCACCAUGGCGGCCCAGGAGGCGCGUACUAUCCACCUCACAAAGGAAGCCGUUUUCCAUGGUCGCUCCAAACACAUCGCGCUCCGACACUACUUCGUUCGUGAGCUCGUCCAGGCUGGACACCUCACCAUUCUCACAGAAAUGGCGCACAUGAAGGAGAAAUGGCGCACAUGAAGGAGAAAUGGCGCACAUGAAGGAGAAAUGGUGCACAUGAAGGAGAGAUGGCGCACAUGAAGGAGAAAUGGCGCACAUGAAGGAGAGAUGGCGCACAUGAAGGAGAAAUGGCGCACAUGAAGGAGAAAUGGCGCACAUGAAGGAGAAAUGGCGCACAUGAAGGAGAAA